UAAUUUACAUAUAUAUUUAAUAAUCCUACAAUUUUAUUCCAACCAAUUAGAAUAGAGCAUGGGGUAUUGACAAAUUUAAGUAAAAGUGUCUUACCUAGUGGUAGAGUUAGGAACUCCUCUAAUUAAAACACAUGAAUCUCUAAAUUAAUAUAUACAUUUAUACUGCACAUGCUACGUAAAUCAAGCGGGACAAACAGAAAAUUAAAAUAGUAAAAAGUGUAAUGGUUAGAAUUGUCACUUAGGGAAAUGCAACCUGUAGCAAUCACUAUUUCAUUUAUAAAACUGUCAUGUAACUAUAGUUAUGUAAAUUUGAUGCAAAUAAUUAAUUAAUGAGAACAGCAUCAGAUAAAGAACAAAAUAUUUGUUCUCGAUUCACACUGUACAAUGUAUAUAACGUUAUGUAAUUAUCCUGAAAUUUUACCACCUUUUUUAAAAGGUGUGUUUAUUUCAUCAAAAUACUUAAUAAUUUCAUUAAUUUCUACUAUUGCGCGUGCCAUUUUAAUUAAAAUAAAACAUUGUAUAGUCUUUCACACUUUCUUUCGCUUGUCAUGUGAUCUUGGUAUAACAUUUAGCUACGACAACAGCGAUAUCUGGUGGAUUUUGAACUUGCUAAUUAUUUCCUUGUAAAAUACAAACAUAAGAACAAUUUUGUACAUGCAUUGCCUACUUAUACACGUAGACAUCUAACUAUAAACUGCUAUAAACUAAAACGUAACUGUCAUCCAAUUAAAAUAUAAAUUUGUAAAUAUAGAGUUAUAACAUAGAUGUUAUCUGUUGUCAUCUUUUAUAACGCAGUAAAACGUUCAAUUAUUUGUUGCGAUUAUACUUUGUUUACUCGAAUGGGUUGGAGUGUUAUGACUUACGUCUAGUAUGAAAAAAUUGUAUAAAUUGUUGCAGUAUUUACUGUAUAUACAUUGUUAUUGCGUGACUUUUUUUAUUUUAAACUGAAAAUCAUUGAUAUAGUUCUAGUAGAACUAAAGAGAAACUUAUUAAUGUUGUCGACUUGCUUUAAAGAGGAAUCUUCACCUGAAUUGUUUUUCAGAAGUAUAAAUGGAUAUAAACUGAAACUUAUUGAUAAAAGUGUAACAACUAGAAAUGUUAUGAGAUUUAUUUUAUAUAGAAAUCCACGUUUGAACGUCAAUGUGACACUUAUUUUCAUACUUGUAACAUUGAUCUUAUGGAUAGUAUUUAAUACUUUAAUAGCAUUGACUAUAUUUGUAUUAGUUUUAAUAAUACAAUUAAUUUAUUUUAUCACAUCUGUGAAGGAAGACACAUUACUAGUAGUAGAAUCUAUUGGUGUAUAUAUUGAAGGAAAAAGAAUAUUUUAUGGUUUAAGUUCAUUUAAAUUUGUUCCUUGGGAUACAGUGGUUGAUGUAUUUAUUAAUGAAGUUAUAAAAGGACAAAAAGUAUUAUACUACCUUACAAUUGUAGUAAAAGAAUCAUUUGGUAGAAAAGAUUCAUUAAAAUUGGUUCCCUUGUUCCAAGAAUUAAUACCUGAAAGAAAAUGCCUGGAAUAUAUGUUCGAAAAGCUAGCUGGCUUGAUUGGACCCAAAAAAAGGAAAAUACAAUUGUAACAGUACCUGGUUCAUAUUGGUUGUGUCAUAAAAGCAAUGUAUAUAAAUUUAUCUUUAGAUAUCAUCGCAUGACUAGGAAUAAAAAACAGUUUGAGUUUGGCAAAGAGUUAAUGAAGGUUGUUAGAAAGAUCAUUAAAACGCAACCUCGUCAAGGACAACAAUUUAGUACUACCAAUCUCUUUGUCACUUACAAUUAUGCAUCAUGGACUAGACAAGACAAAAUGUUUGCAAUGAUUAAAUUUAAAGAACGAUGUGGCACAGUAUAUUCUCAUGCAUUUGUUUUGACUAUAAAAGUGUGCAACGUUUUGGAACAUACAGAACAGAAGAUAAAACAUGUAGUAACUAUUCCUGAUACUGAUCACUGCCCAAUCCCUGCUACUGGAAAUUUAAAUAGUGUAUGUUCAGACAAAAACAACAUUGAGAGGAAAAGUGAAAAAUAUUUAUUAAACUCUUGUAACAAUGGUAUCUCAGAAAAAAAUGUGCAGUGUGAUAACAUACAAAAAAAUAUCUCAGAGUCUAAGACUCCAGGUGUACAAUUGGAUAAUAGCUUAAAUAAAACACCUACAAAUAAAGAAUCUGUAAAACAGAAAGCAAAUAAUGAAAACAGUACAGAAGUUAAUAAUAAGGUAAAAGAAAAUAAAUCUUUGAAAGGUGAUAAAUUAAAAGAGAAUAAACUAACUAUAGCUGAAACAGAAAAAGUAGAUGAUGCUCAUAAUUCAAAUAAUUUAAUUUCUUUAGAAAAUAAAAGCAAUAAGGAUACAAAAUUAUGUUCUGGAAAAAUUAAUGUAUGUACUACCAAAUCAUCAAAUAAUCGCAACACAUUAAUUUUAUCAGAUGAACGUGAGAUUGGAAAAAAAUCUAUUGAUUGUAAAACCAGUUUGGUGCAGAGUAAACAUAAUGAUAAAAAUACAGUUGUUAAUACUAACGAAGAUUCUGCUAAUUUACCAUAUCAAUAUUUUAUAGAAAAUGAAAUAGAAAAUGCAAAACACGAGAUAUUAGAUGCUGAAAGUUGUUUGCAACAAACAACUGAUAAAAACUUGUGUGAUCAACGCGAACAGAAUUCUAAAAGACAUAAAUUAGAAAAUAUAAACGAAGAUGUAAAAGAUUUACCUAGUCCUAAAAAAAGAAAAUUCACAAUAGAUAAUACAACAUCACGUUCUUCUGAUAUUACAGAUUUAGUAAUGGAAGGAUUAAUGUUUACAAUUCGACAGGGCCAAGAUACUGUAGCGGUUAUUGAACAGAAAACUAAAUUAGAAAUGGACGAAGUAUUAGAAAAUUCUGAGAAAAUUGAAACACAGGAAGGUGAAAAACGCUUACGAAAUUCUAGUUUACUUGGUUUAGAAAACUUAAUAACAAUGAUUGAUUUGCCGAAACAAAAUGAAAAUGAACAUAAAUGUCAAAAUGCAAUUAUUCAAGAAAAUAUUUUAAAAAAUCAAUCUCUAAGUGUACAUUCAUUUGAUAGUACAAAAUAUUCUUUUAAUGAUGUCAAUAUUACUCAAGAAAACAUUACAUCUACAUUAAAAUACGCGCAAUCGAAAUUUUUAUAUAAUAAUUCUCCCUUAGCUAGUACAAGUUUUUCAAAUAAUAAUGAUAAUUUAUUUGUUACAAAUACAUGUAAGUACAAUGUUACAACGCAAAAUGUGAACUAUAAACAAAAUGAAGAAGGAGAAGAAGACAUAAUACCAGAAGUAUUACAAAAUAGUAUUUUUCAGUCACCAAUACAUUCUUUGAAGCGAGUACAUAAAUGUGAAGAAAAAUUUAUAGACUGCAAGGAUGUAUUAGUAAAUAAAAAAGAAUUAACAAAAUUUGAAACAUUAAAUGAUGAAUGUAUUUCACCUCUCAGUAAAAAAUUAUUACUAAAAGAGUGUUUGAACACUUCUUUUUCAAAUGAUAAAUUUAUGAAAAAAUCGGAUACAUCACAUAAAUUAUCUGACGAUAAUAUAAAAAAUAAGAUGCAUCUUCCAACAAUAAUAUCAGAUCAAAGUAUUACUAUGCAAGAAAUACCUUUACCGCUACAGAAAAUGUUAAAAAAUAAGUCCCCAAAAAAGUAUGUUUCUUUAAUUAACAAAAAUGAAAUAAAUAAAAGUAAUAUUGAAGUUCACAAGGAGGCUGAUAACACACAUGAAAAAGAAGAAAUUCCUUUUAAUGUACAACUAGAAGCUAAAAUUAUAAAUAGUAACAAUAGUAAUGAUCACGACAAUACACAAUUAGAAGCUAAAAUUUUAAACAAUGAAAAUGACCAAAAUAAUAGUGAAAAUGAAAGUAUGUUAUCUACUGUAUCAAAAAUUCAAACAAAUGAUAGUAGUACUUCGGGAAAAAAUAUGACAAAGGUAGAAGAAGUGUCAUCAAAUGAAAUAAAAGACAUCACACAAGAAUUUUAUGAAGAUAUUUCAUAUCUGCAAAAGAAAAAGCUUUUACACAAUGAAAAAUACCUUAGAUCUAAAACGAAAUCAUUAAAUGUGCUAAGCAGUGCAAAUUAUGGUGAAAUGCAUAUAGAAAUGGUAAAAUUUUUUCAAGAUAUUACAAGAGGUGCCAAGGUUGUUGUGACACGUAUAAGUACAAAAGAAUAUACAUAAUUUAAUAAAAGAAAGUUCCUCUUCAACCAGAUUUGUGCACUAAUAAUGUUGAACAAUAAAAGUGUCAUAUUAUUUAUCAUCAAUUUAAUCUAUAAUUUAAUAUUAAGAACUAAAUAGUAUGUUCAACAUCUUUUUUUACAUGUAUAUUAUGCAAUGAA